AUGAUGCACACUCUCGGUGGCCCACUAGUAACACGGCCGGCCAGGCGACCACGGCCGCGGCCGCGCGACCCCGACGCCGUCGCCGCGGGCUCCGGCGGAGAGAGCUUGCCGCCUGAGCACCCGGUCCCUCCAGGGCCAGCUUUUUGCCGGAACGGGCGUGGUGACCGAGGGUGCGUGCACCACCGGUUUGAGCGCCUUGGUGGCAUGUACGCCACCCACAGGCACCGCCGCGAGAAGGGCGCCCUUGCCCACGACGGCGCCGGCGGCGCAGGCGGAGGCGCGAAGAAGCGCCGUACGUCGCCGGUGCUGUUCUGCUUUGUCGCUGCGACUGUGCUCCUCGGAAAUGCCUAUCACGCCCUGUUCCUGCAGAAGAAGGAAUCAAGUCAUGGCUUUAGUCGGAGAAGGUCGUUGAUGCCUAAUAAACCUCAAGGUGUUAAGUAUGAGCUGCACACGCUCCCGGUGGAUGCUAAGGCUGUAGCGGAUGGGGAUACAAUUACCGUUUACGUUGUCAUUGCUGAUCAUCCAGGGUUUUUCAGUGUGCCUCAGGAAGUGCACAGAGCAGCGACUGACCGUGCCGAAGCACUGAUGGCCAAGAAUUACCAGAGGGCUGAUGAAUUGCAGAAGAUCAUACUUGAUGCAGGAUUCAGGCAACUUACUAACUCAACAGGCGGACAUGUUCUUACGAAGAAAUACCGGAUUAGACUAAGAGGUAUCGAUGCACCAGAGAGCUCAAUGCCUUAUGGCAGAGAAGCAAAAGAGGAGCUAAUGACGCUGGUGCAGGGAAAUAGACUAAAGAUUUCCGUGUAUGGUAAUGAUCGAUAUGGUCGAUUAGUUGCAGAUGUUGAUUGCAAUGGGGUAUUCGUACAGGAACACAUGCUGAAGAAAGGGCUUGCAUGGCACUACAUUGCCUAUGAUCAACGACUGGAGCUCGCCAGGUGGGAGAAUCAGGCAAAAGCGAGUCAAAUGGGUUUAUGGUCUUUGCCGAACCCUGAAAAACCAUGGGAAUGGAGGAAGGAGAAGCACUUCAGGAUUUCAAGAUAGGCUAAACCAGCCGCUAAUUUCAUUUGAUUUACUCUGCAAUCUUCUAGUCGAUAGUCAUGGUUCUGUAGAAUGUGUAGCUUGUACUGUGUAUACAUGCAAGCUUUAACAACUGUUGUAAGGCAAAGCAGUAGUGUUGGUUGAGUGUAACUUGUAAUUCCUGUAACAGGAGAUUGCAUAAGUGAUCCCAAUUUGGGAUGGGAUUUGUUACAUUGGACUGUUGCAAUCCCUGUAACAUAAGACCUGAUUGGUUGUUGUAAUGAUUCUCUAAGUGAUAAACAUGAUCCAUGCAAUGUACUAGUAGUAGUUUGCAGUAAGCCAGUAAGAACAUGAAAUUGUAUGAAUAACAGGAGAUGAAGUCACUGUGAUACC